AUGGAAGUCAUGAAACCACCGUCUGCGUGUCUCUUUCUUUUCAUCUCUCUCCUCUUCACCACCAACAUCUUAGCAGCUGACAUUUUACCUGGCGCCACCCUCUCCGCCUCUAAUCCAAACCAAUCCUGGUCCUCCCCCAACAACACCUUCUCUCUUAGCUUCACUACCAACGCCCAAUUCUUAGCCAUCACCUACCACGGCAUACCCAUCUGGAAAGCCGGUGGCGAUCCUGGUGGCGCCACCGACUCCACCGCCACACUCCACUUCCUACCCAACGGCAACCUCCAGCUCCUCAACGGCUCCACCAACUCCGUCGUCUGGCAGUCCAACACUGCCGGCCUCGGAGUCACCUCCGCCAUCCUCGACGAUUCAGGUAACUUCAUCCUCAAAAACGGUACAGUUCCUGUUUGGUCCACAUUCAACGACCUCACUGAUACUCUUCUCCCAACUCAAAACUUCACUGUGAAACACAUUUUGCGAUCUGGGUCGUACUCAUUUCGACUUCUUAGCUCAGGAAACUUAACUCUUACAUGGAAUGAUUCUAUUGUGUAUUAUAAUUCUCUGUUGAAUUUAUCGAUGAACACAAACUUUACUUCACCGAGUUUGAGCAUUCAAUCUAUAGGGACGUUGUCUCUGUUCGAUUCUAUCCUUUCCAGCCCGGUGAUUAUGGCUUAUAGUAGUGAUUAUGCUGAGGGGAGUGAUGUGCUUAGGUUUGUGAAGUUGGAUAGUGAUGGGAAUUUGAGAAUUUAUAGUUCUGCUAGAGGUAGUGGAACCCAAAUUGUGAGGUGGGUAGCUGUUAGAGACCAGUGUCAAGUUUUUGGCUACUGUGGGAAUAUGGGGAUCUGUAGUUACAAUGAUUCAAAUCCGAUUUGUGGGUGUCCAUCAGAGAAUUUUGAUCGGGUUGAUCCGGAGGAUAGUAGGAAGGGAUGUAAGAGGAAGGUGGAGAUUAGCAGUUGUUCUGGGAGAGAGACAAUGUUGCAACUGGAUCAUGUCAAGUUCUUGACAUACCCUCCAGAGGUGGCUUCUCAGGUUUUUUUGUACAUUAGUAUGUCUGCCUGUAGGUUCAAUUGCCUUGCGGGUGGUUCUUGUGUUGCUUCAACUUCUUUCUCUGAUGGGACAAACAUGUGCUAUUUGAAACUGCCAGAUUUUGUUAGCGGGUACCAGUCGCCCGCACUUCCUAGUACUUCAUAUAUAAAGGUCUGUAGUCCGGGAAUGCUGAAUCCAUCAGCCUCUUCAAUUGGAAUAGAAAAGGACAAUGGUUGGAAAUUGAGUGGGCGGAUACUUCCAAUUGCUGUUAUCGGUACCAUUUUGGGCGUGGUCGUGUUGCAAGGUGGUUUGUGGUGGUGGUGCCGUAGAAAUAAUCCCACAUUUGGGGGAUUCUCUGCUCGAUAUGAACCACUUGAAUAUGCCUCUGGUGCGCCCGUCCAGUUCUCAUAUAAGGAGAUUCAACGGGCAACAAAGGGGUUCUGUGACAAGCUUGGAGAGGGGGGACAUGGGGCUGUUUACAGAGGGAUUCUUCCUAAUGGAAAUGUUGCUGCAGUGAAGCAAUUGGAGGAUAUCGAGCUGGGGGAGAAAAAUUUUAAAUUGGUUAUUGCAACCAUAAUUAGCACCCACCAUUUGAAUUUGGUGAGAGUGAUCGGGUUUUGUUCUGAACGGCAUCACAGGUUUUUAGUAUAUGAACUUGUGAAAAAUGGUUCUCUUUAUAACUUUAUUUUUAUGUCGAACGAGUGGGCAGGAAAAGUUCUGAAUUGGCAAUAUCGUUUUAAUAUUGCUCUAGGGACUGCAAGGGGGAUUGCGUACCUUCAUGAGGAGUGUCGCGACUGCAUUAUCCAUGGAAGUAUAAAGCCAGAGAACAUUCUCUUGGAUGAGAAUUAUAAUGCUAAAGUCUCUGAUUUUGGACUUGCAAAACUCACAAACCCAAAUGACGAUAAAUGCGGAACCUUGAGGAGUGUGAGGGGGACUAGAGAACAUGUUGCCCCAGAAUGCCCCGCAGAUCUUCCAAUAACUUCAAAAUCUGAUGUGUACAGUUAUGGGAUGGUACUGUUGGAGAUAGUGAGUGGGAGACGGAAUUCUGAAGUUUCUGCACAGGCAAAUUGGGAAAAACUUUCCCUGUGGGCUUAUCAAGAGUAUCAGAAAGGUAAUCUUGAGGCAAUUGUUGAUCAAAGGCUUCUCAGACAUGAGCUGGACAUGGAGCAAGUGAUGAGAUCAAUUCGGCUAAGCUUUUGGUGUACCCAAGAGCAAUCGUCUGAGAGGCCGAUGAUGGGAAAGGUGGUGCAGAUGUUAGAAGGGAUCAUUGAGAUUGAUGAACCACCGGCGCCAAAGGCAGCACUAGAACGGUCUGUUAGCGGAAGUAGCAGAACCUCCAGUAAUGUCAAUGUUCUCUCCACCUCCAGAGUUUCAGCCCCUGCUUUCUCUUCAUCAUCGUCAUCCCAUGCCAACAGGGCAUCUUCUUGA